GUGACGUCAGAUGCCACAGCGCGGGUCGAGGGCCGUGAGGUUGCUGCUCGGUGGUAAAGCGCUAGGCCGGAGCACGGGGGCGUUGCUGGGGGCGGCAGCGUGCCUCUCACACUCAUGAGGAGCCGCAAGCUCACAGGUGGAGUGCGGGCUUCAGCGCGCCUGCGGGCCCGGACUUGUGCCGCCAGUUCGGCCUCCGUGCAGGAAGUCAGCACCGCCACGUCCGCCCGGACGGUAUGUCAGACUUCCUCGUCACACAAAGCUGCCGACAGACGAAUUUCCAAGAAGUUCAAGUAUGACAAAGGUCAUCUUGUGAAAUCAGAGUUACAGAAACGAGUCCCUAAGGCCGACAGUGCUGCUUUGUCCGAGGCACCACCGGAGACCUCUUGUAAAAAUGAGCCUCUGGAGUUUGCCGAAGGUGGCCCGGUGCCCCCAGAAAAGGAAGCCGGUGUUUCUGGACCACCGGACACGGCAGGCCUCCUCCUCGGCCACUGCACAGGUGGGAGUGACACUUGCUCAGCAGAGACUGAAGACGGCCUUUCCUUGCCAAAGUGUGGUGCCCUUCCCGAAAGAAAGUCUGACAGCAGCCCUGCCGCGUGGGAGGAGCCCACACCCGAGGUGGGCCAGGUCCCAACGGCCCCACUUCAAAUGGACAGCAGCGUCUUUCUGGAUGACGACAGCAGUCAGCCGAUGCCAGUGAGUCGGUUCUUUGGGAACGUGGAGCUCAUGCAGGACCUCCCGCCAGCGUCUUCCUCUUGUCCUUCAGUGAGCAGACGAGAAUUCCGGAAAAUGCAUUUCAGAGCCAAAGAUGAGGAAGAGGAGGAGGAGGAUGCAGAAAUGUAGGGAAUAAAGUACGACGAGUCAUUUGCAGACGCAGUGCAGUUAAUCAUUUGACAUUUGAGCAAAUUACGGCAUUUGUGUAAAAUUUAUCCCCAAAAGGACGUGUCCUUAAUCAGACUUCAGAACUGACCCCGAACACGGGGGGGAUUUACGUCUGAACCGAAACCUUGGUGGAGGGUGGAAAGCUGCCGCUUUGUUUGCAGGUCUUGGCUUCUGUCCGCCCAGUGGAGACGUUUGCAUUGGCCCAAGGGACGGGGUUAAAUCACAAACACUUGCAAGAAGCUUCAUGGCUGAGCUCUUUAGUUAGAUGAUGUGCACGUUUGUUCCCUUAGGGAAACUUGAUCCGUCUUGGGAUGUACUCAGCGGCAGGUCUUAAAGACCUCUAUUUCUGUAUAUGAAGCUAACGUCUCCCUUGGAAUUUUGCAAAAUGCACAUGAGAAGAAAUAAAAUAUAUUUUGAAAGUA